AUGGCAUUACGAAAAUUGAUGAAGGCUCUACGACAUACGGACAAAGUGUCCACUCAGAAGAAUCAAAAGCAAGAGAAGGAGAAACCACUAAGGAUACGCGGAGGAUGUAUAUCAACCGCCAACGUGAGUGUUCAUCUUCAACGCGACCCAACGAGUAAACACUACAAACAAUAUUCCGGGCAUGGAUUCGAGAUGUGGGGAAGUCAUAUGGGCGAUCGAUUAGAAUCAUUAGGAAGAAGUAUAAGUCGAGGUGGUCAACAAUAUGUUGGUCCGGUAUUAUAUUAUUAUCAUCCACCUUCAACUCAGGUGAUAUAUCAUCAUUAUCACCAAUGUCAUCACGAUCAAAACCUCCCUCAGUAUACACGCACACCAAACCAUGGGCCACAGCAUGUGUUUAGAGGAUGGGGAGGCGCGGCGGUAGAUGGGUUCGAACAUAAACAGUAA